UAAUUCUCAAGCCGCGGCCAAUCAGAGUAGCUCAGCUGCCCCCUGGCGCCGCCCAGGCCGGGAUGAAAGCGGCAGGGCCGCCCGACACAUGGAGAGUCUCGGGCUACCAGGGGGAGGCAGACAGUCGGAGCCUGCCGCCGCCUCGCUACCAACUUUUACUCCCGACCUAUGGAAGUCAGUAACCCGACAUGGCCAAGCGCAGCUCCUUGUUUCUUCGGAUCAUUGAAGGAAAGAAACUGCCAGCGAAAGAUCUAACGGGAAGCAGCGAUCCAUACUGCAUUGUGAGAAUUGACAAUGAGACAAUAAUCAGAACAGCAACAAUAUGGAAGACCCUGUCUCCCUUCUGGGGCGAGGAGUAUAAUGUUCAUCUGCCCAGUACCUUUCACUCCAUUUCUUUUUAUGUGAUGGAUGAGGAUGCAAUCAGCCGUGAUGAUGUUAUUGGGAAAGUUUCGAUAGCCAAGGAUGUUCUUAUCGCCAACCCGAAAGGUGUGGACAGUUGGAUGUCCCUGAGUGAAAUUGAUCCAGAUGAGGAGGUCCAGGGGGAGAUCCAUCUUCGGAUCGAGAUUUGCAGUAACGGCUCAACCUCAAGGCUGCGUUGUCACGUGUUUGAAGCAAGAGACCUGGCCCGGAAGGAUCUGAAUGGAGCCUCGGAUCCCUUUGUCAGAGUACAGUACAAUGGGAAGACCCAGGAAAGCUCUGUUGUGAAAAAAUCCUGUUACCCCCGUUGGAAUGAGGUCUUUGAUUUUGCCCUGGACGAUGCUGUGACUGAGAACACCUUGUACGUGGAGGUGUGGGACUGGGACCUGGUCAGUAAAAAUGACUUCCUGGGAAAGGUAGCCUUCAACAUUAACAAGCUCCAGGUGAUACAGCAGAAGGAAGGCUGGUUCCUGCUACUUCCCGAUAAGGCACGAAGGAGCAAAACUGAGGGAAACCUGGGUUCACUGCGUCUACAGCUGCGUCUGCGGGAUGAGAGCGUCCUUCCUUCCAAUUACUACCAGCCCCUCACUGAGCUACUGCUGCAGUCCGUUACAGCCAACAGUGGUGAGAAGGGGAACCUGCUGGAACUGAUUGAUGAUCUCACCACUACUGAGAACAGACAGGAGGUUGCAACCAAUCUGGUUAAACUCUUCCUGGGGCAAGGGCUGGCAAAGCAAUUCUUAAACUAUGUCAUUAAGUUGGAACUGGACAGAACAACUGAACCAAAUACAUUGUUCCGAAAUAAUUCUUUAGCUUCCAAAUCCAUGGAAUGCUUUUUAAAGGUGGCUGGGAUGCAAUAUUUGCACAGUAUCCUUGGACCAACCAUAAAUCGGGUGUUUGAAGAGAAAAAGUACGUGGAGCUGGAUCCCAAUAAAGUGGAAUUCAAGGAAGCAGGUUGUUCAGGGCUCCACCGGUGCCAGAAUGAGAUGGAUAUAAUUCAACAAAGUGUGCAGUGCCUCCAGUCGUACCUGACAGAGCUGGUUGAAGCCAUAGUAACCUCAGUGGAACAGUGCCCCCCUGUGAUCAGAGCCACCUUCAGAGAUCUCUUCAAGAGCGUUGAGGCGAGAUUCCCUCAGCAUCGCUACCAGAACAUCAAAUAUGUAGCAGUCACCAGCUUUCUGUGCUUACGGUUCUUCUCACCGGCCAUCAUGUCUCCCAAACUGUUUUACCUACGUCCCAAGCACGCGGAUGCACGGACCAGCAGGACAUUACUGCUUCUGGCUAAGGCCAUCCAAAGCAUUGGAAACAUGGAUGCCAAUGAAGCUCGAGGAAAGGAAAUUUGGAUGGCACCAAUACAGAACAAUAUUCAACACGGGGUUAUAUUCUUUAAAGAGUUCAUCAUCAAGUUAAUUGACAUUGAGGAGGAUCAAGAGCUGGAUCAUCAAAAACGUGUGACACUGCAAACAUCUACCGUUAAAGAAGGAUAUCUAUUAAUGCACCGAGCCAAGGAGAGAGGGAUCCUGACAUCAUCUCACUUCAAAAAGCAUUAUUUUUGCUUGAAUUGUGAAUCGCUGUGUUAUGCCAAAAUGCCGAGUGCAAAGACCAGUGCAUUUAUUCCACUGUCCAAGAUCAGAGCAAUAGAAAAAGUUGAUGAGAAGUGUUUCGGCAGCCCAUACGUCAUGCAGAUCAUUUCAUCGGAUGGCAGAGGACAGUUUGAGAUCAUGUACUUACAGUGCAAGAAUGUGAAUGAACUCAAUCAGUGGCUGUCGUCAUUGAGGAAACACUGUGUCAGCAAUGAACAAAUGCUCAACUCUUACCACCCUGGUGUGUUCAAAGGGGAGAAGUGGGGCUGCUGCCACCAAAAGGAGAAAACAGCUCCGGGAUGUGACAAAACCCAUUUUGGUGUGACGCUCCAGGAGUGGAACGAUCCACUUAAUCCUGAUUUAGAAUCCCAUCUGAUCUACAGGCAGCUGCUUGCAUUCCGGGACACGUUAAUACAAAAAUACAUGAAACGCAAAGAGAGAAAUGAUACCACAGCCCCAGUCAGUUCCAGUGAAGAGACCAAUACGACGGACAUCCCUAACAAACUGUUCCAAAUCAUCCAGGACCUGGAGCGGGCUCACCGAAACUUUGAACAGUGGGAGACGUCAAUGAACAAGAACAUGUCUGUCGAACUGCUCACGUAAUUUUAUCAAAACCGGAGGUGUACUUGCGGUCGAUCUGACGAAUGUUUCCGAUUACAUGAGUUACAUUUAUUACUACAUUGCAGUUGUAUUUCGAUCUCCUUCCAUUAAUACUUGGCCCAGACUUUCGAAACCGUUUUGAAUUAUGCAAAACAUAGUCAUUGGCAAAAAAAAAUGUAAAUGUGUACUUUCUGUAAUUAAUCUAUUUGAAUUGUUUACAUCUCAUUUCAUAUUGACAGAGAUCCUUAUACUGCAGCUUUGACCAAUCUCUCCCCUGAACCAAAUGGCACAUCUGGUUUCUUGACUAUUGGUUGACCAUCUGACUGCUCUGUACAGAAAGGCAGGUUGCUUCUAAUAGAAGAAUCUUGCUGCCAGAAGGUUGUCAGCAUAGAUACUGAAUUUUCUGUCAUAGGCAGCCAGAGGCCAUCCAGCUGACAUCCAGCUAAUACCAGGUACAUUCUUCCAGUAGAACCAUAGCUACACGUAUUGGAAUGAGGCACCAUCCAGUUACAAGCAUUACGAAGUUCCAGACCGACCCUCUGUUUAGGUGGCUCUUAUUUUCCUCUCCAAAAGGACAGGUAUUUAAUUGCUGUGUCCCAUUAAUGCAGAAAGCCUAGUGAAAAUACAGGGACAACCCAUUCAUUGCCAGGAUUAAGGGAGUUCCUGUUAACUGAACCUUCCUGCCGCUGAAAUCUUGUAUCCUGGAUCUUCAGCUCCCAUAGACCAGGGAGAAGAACACAAUCCUAACUUGACAGCCCCUCAGUUCUUGCUUGGUUUGUUAGUGUAUCUGCCUCCCAAGAACUCCAACAUCACCGAACAUCACUUACAAUGGCCAUUCCAGAAGGUGGUUCACUACCACCUUUGGGUCAGUUAAGAAUGGAAAUAAGUGGUCAACCAAAUCCACCGGAAAUGAUAAUAAAUCUGAAUGGAAAUUCUAUGCAAUGGCAUAUUCCCAACCCUGGAUCCAACUUAGAAACAGAAAACUUCCACUGGGUUUCUCUGCAGCAAGAAAAACUGGAUAAAUAAUUUCUGGUUCUCUUAUGAGUCCACAAUACACUUAAUGACCAUUUUCUAAAUACCCAUCUGAAAGGCACAGCAGCUGGCACUCACUAAUAUCGGUAACAAAGUUGGUAACCUGUUCAACAGCCUCAAGGGAGAGAGAAUCUAGAACAUACAACAGUAUAGCACAAGAACAGGCCAUUCAGCCCACAGUGUUGUGCUGGACCAGCUAAAAAGCAAAUCAAAAAGACCCCAACACUAAUCCCUCCUACCUGCACCAUGUCCAUAUCCCUCCAUCUUCCUCACAUACAUGCGCCUAUUCAAACAUCUCUUAAAAGCCUCUGAUGUAUUCACCUCCACCACCAUACCAGGCAGAGCAUUCCAGGCAUCCACGACUCUCUGAGUACAAAACUUCUCCCUCACAUCCCCCUUGAACCUACCCCCUAUCGCCUUCAAUGCAUGCCCUCUGGUAUUAGACAUUUCUACCCUGGGAAACAGACACUCUAUCUGUGCCUCUCAUAAUUUUAUAAACCUUGGUGAGAUCUCCCCUCAGCCUCCGAUGCUCCAGAGAAAACAACCCAAGUUUAUCCAGCCUCUCUGGAUAGUUUAUGGCCUCAAGACUGGGCAGCACCCUGGUAAACCUCUUCUGCACCCUCUGAACAUCCUUCCUAUAGUGGGGCAACCAGAUCUGUAUGCAAUACCCCAGAUGUGGCCUCACCAGAGUUUUGUAAAGUUGCAAAGAGAUAUUGUGAAUAGUUGUGUUGCCCAGAGUGAUUCUCACAGGGAGUCCAGUAUGUGGCCAGUGGUCUGACCUGGGUGGGCCCAGUCACAAUUUGGGCGAUUUCUCGCGCCCCACUUGAGGAGCUGAUGGUUAUAUCUUCCCUGGCCUGUGUCCAUGUGACCAAGCCUUGUCCAGACCUUCCUUGAAGGUUAAAGCCUGAUACUUCACCACUUAGAUCAUUUGCCAAGUUACAUUUGACUUCUUGUUUGCAGCCAAUUAGAAAGUGAGCCCCUGAGAACAGAAGCUGUUAUUAGUUUGCAAGUUUUGGAGGGUUCACCAAGAAGAUUCAAGAUUCAAGAUUCAAAGAACUUUAUUGUCAUUCUAACCAUACCUCAGCUCUGCAGGGCAGAAUGAGACAGCGUUUCCCAGGAGCAGUGCAAUCAUAACAUAACAAACGCAACACUAAAUAAUAAACAUAACAAUAAAUAGUAAAACACAACAGCCACAUGUCAGUUUAAAAUCAAGUUAUAAGUGUCCAGUGCAAGUUAAAAGGGUCCAAAGCAGAGUCAGAUAGAGCAGCUAUUUAGCAGUCUGACUGCCUGGGGGAGGAAGCUGUUUAGUAGCCUUGUGGUUUUAGUUUUGAUGCUCCUGUAACGUUUGCCUGAUGGCAGAAGAACAAACAGUUCAUGGAGAGGGUGUGAGGGGUCUUUAAUGAUGUACCGUGUCUUCUGGAGGCAUCGACUCUGAAAGAGGUCUUGGACAGAAGGUAGGGAGACCCCAAUAACCUUCUCUGUUCCCCUAACCACCCUCUGCAAGGCUUUUUUGUCAACAGCACUGCAGCUGGAGUACCAGGUUGUGAUGCAAAAGGUCAGCACACUCUCAACCACGCCUCUGUAGAAUGUAGUUAAGAUGUUAGUGGGGGGUGAUGCUUGUUUAAGCUUCCUCAGAAAGUGCAAUCUCUGCUGGGCCCGUUUCACAAUCCCAGUGGUGUUCCUGGACCAGGUGAGAUUGUCCGAGAUCUGCACCCCAAGGAACUUGAUGUUUUCCACUCUCUCCACUGUAGAGCCGCUGAUGCUGAGGGGUGUGUGCUCAGGCUGAGACCGUGUGAAAUCGACGAUCAUCUCCUUGGUUUUGGUGACAAUUAAGCAUCAAGUUGUUAUCACUGCACCAGCUCUCUCGGUGUUUGACCUCCUCCCUGUACAUUGUUUCAUCAUUUUUGCUGAUGAGCCCCACCACUGUGGUAUCAUCAGCAAAUUUAAUGAUCAGGUUCUCCUUGAAUCUGGCUGCACCGUCGUGUGUUAGCAGUGUAAACAGCAAUGGGCUAAGCACACAGCCUUGUGGGGAUCCAGUGCUCAGUGUGGUGGAGUCAGAGAUGUUCCUGCCAACACGGACUGACUGUGGUCUCUCUGUCAAGAAAUCCAGAAUCCAGUGACACAUGGCAGUGCUAAGGCCAAGCAGCGACAGUUUCUCCACUAGUCUCUGCGGGAUGAUGGUAUUGAACGCUGAACUGAAAUCAAUGUACAGGAUUCUGGCAUAAGUGUCUUUGUUGUCCAAGUGAGAGAGAGCUGUGUGCAGUGUGGUGGAUAUUGCCUCCUCCGUAGAGCGAUUUGGACGAUAAGGAAACUGUAGAGGAUCCAGCGAUGGGGGGAGGCUGGCUGUGAUAUGAGGCUUGACAAGCCGUUCAAAGCAUUUCAUCACUAUGGGGGUCAGGGCAACGGGACGGUAAUCAUUCAGAAAGAAUUUCAGACGGCUGAGUAACCCGAAAUCCUUGUCCUUUGGGGACAUUUUGUUGGUUGUCAGUUGAUGAGGUUCUUUGAGAAUGAUUCUUUCCUUCCAGGCAUCAAGAGGUUCAAUGGAGGUUAGCUCAAGAAGUUACUUAAGCCGUGCUAGGACUUGGUGCUUUGGAGACUGUUCUCAUGGGUUCCUGGAGACACAUCUCCCAUCUGUGUGUAAGAUGUCCUUACUUUUUCCAGGAGCCAAUCACUUGCUGGGAUCCAGAAACAGAGGAACAAUUUGUUGGAGAGAAGUGGUUGUAAGUUGUGUGGAGAAAGGGCUCUCUCCAGUGGUGAUUUGUGUGUAUUUCUCAUAUCCACACACUCGGUGUGAUUCGGCUUUGGGAGUCGGUGAAUGUUGCUCAAGACCGACGUGAGUGAGACUUGGUGAUGUUGCAGGUUAGGGGUGAAGAGCUGCACUCAUCCAGACCAGAGUGGUGGGUGGUCCUUGCCGUUGUGGGUGGUCUUCCUUACUCCCUGAUUCCAGGUUGUGCUGGAAGUGCAGUCCUCAUGCGCAGUGCCCCAGACGUUAACUGCCAAAGCCACUGGUAUAGGCGCUGAAAACAUGGACACAGGGCAUUCGGUUGGUUCGUAGUGGCUUGUUUGUCUAUGGAAUAAAGACAGCAUCAUUUUAUAUCCCCUGUGAUUUUGAUGAGACUCUCCCUGGUGUUCAGUUCAGAUGGUUUCUCAUGUGAGAUCUGCAGUGAGCUGGUGCCAGGGAGUGUGUUCCUGAUGAUGGAGCAACCUGUGAAGGGGAUGGUUAUGAUUACGAUACUGUCAGCAUAAGAUGGACUUUCUAUUUUGAGCUGUUGUAUUCCAACUACUGUUCUUUUUGUGUUGCCUUGUUAUCUUUGAGUGAAUCCAUUUACCAGCGGGGCUCUCAAAGCUGGGCUGGGAAACACCAGAUCCUGGGGUCUGUCGCCUUCCUGGCAUCACUUCCAUGUCUCAGUGUAUCACAGAAACAGCACUCUGAUGUUGGAAAUUUUAAAUUAAAAACCAAGGUUUGAGAACACUUUAGAAACAGGUCAGGUAGCAUCUGCGGAGAGGGAGUGAGAAACAGUGUGUCUCACCCAACAGUUUUGAUUUCACACAACACACAUCAAAGUUGCUGGUGAACGCAGCAGGCCAGGCAGCAUCUCUAGGAAGAGGUACAGUCGACGUUUCAGGCUGAGACCCUUCGUCAGGACUAACUGAAGGAAGAGAUAGUAAGAGAUUUGAAAAUGGGAGGGGGAGGGGGAGAUCCAAAAUGAUAGGAG